AUGGCUGUUUCUUCUCUUUUUCAGCCUUCAUUUUCCACCAUUGUUUUCACUGCCGCAAAACCUUUUAACCUAACCACCAACAGAAAUAACUGUUCACUCACCAUCUCCGCCGCCGCCAACGACAACUCUCACUCACUAGAUUCCCUCACGGAUAACAUCAAAGACAAAGCCCGCCGCCACCCUACCGCCGCUAACAACUUCACUGCCAAAUACGUCCCAUUCGGUACCGGCUUCGACUCCGAUGAAUCCUACUCACUCGACGAAAUCGUCUACCGUAGCAAAUCCGGUGGUCUCCUCGAUGUUCAUCAUGACAUGGAAGCACUCGCGAAGUUCGAUGGCGCGUACUGGCGCAACCUCUUCGACUCGCGUGUGGGGAAAACCACUUGGCCUUAUGGUUCUGGUGUAUGGAGUAAGAAAGAGUGGGUUCUACCUGAGAUUAACGCUGACGACAUCGUUAGCACUUUCGAAGGUAACUCUAACCUUUUCUGGGCUGAACGUUUUGGCAAACAGUUUGUAGGCAUGAACGAUCUUUGGGUUAAACACUGUGGUAUAAGUCAUACCGGAAGUUUCAAGGAUCUCGGAAUGACAGUGCUCGUUAGUCAGGUGAAUCGUCUCCGGAGAAUGAACCGUCCGCUUGUCGGAGUCGGUUGUGCUUCCACCGGUGACACCUCAGCUGCACUCUCAGCUUACUGCGCUGCGGCCGGAAUCCCGUCCAUUGUGUUCCUUCCGGCGAACAAAAUCUCUACCGCGCAGUUGAUUCAACCGGUUUCAAACGGUGCAUUGGUUCUUAGCAUUGAUACUGAUUUCGACGGUUGCAUGAAGCUUAUACGAGAGAUAACUUCUGAAUUGCCGAUUUAUUUGGCGAAUUCUCUCAACAGUUUGAGAAUUGAAGGACAGAAAACUGCUGCUAUUGAGAUUUUGCAGCAGUUUGAUUGGCAGGUACCUAAUUGGGUUAUUGUUCCGGGUGGAAAUUUGGGGAACAUUUAUGCAUUUUACAAAGGUUUCAAAAUGUGUAAAGAUUUGGGUCUUGUUGAUAAGAUUCCUAGGCUUGUUUGUGCUCAAGCUGCAAAUGCAAAUCCUUUGUAUUUGUAUUAUAAAAAUGGGUGGAAAGAAUUUAAAGCGAUUAAGGCCGAAACAACAUUUGCUUCCGCCAUUCAAAUUGGUGAUCCGGUUUCAAUUGACAGAGCUGUUUAUGCAUUGAAGAAUUCGGACGGGAUCGUUGAGGAAGCUACUGAGAAAGAGUUGAUGGAUGCAAUGGCGCUUGCUGAUUCGACUGGGAUGUUUAUAUGUCCUCAUACCGGUGUGGCUUUAACGGCUUUGAAUAAGCUUAGAAAAUCCGGGGUUAUAGGAUCUAGUGAUAGGGUUGUGGUGGUUAGUACUGCUCAUGGAUUGAAAUUUGCUGAUAGUAAGAUUGAUUAUCAUUCUGGAAAUAUUCCUGGAAUGGGAAGUUUGGCGAAUCCACCAGUUAGUGUUAAGGCUGAUUUUGGUUCUGUUAUGGAUGUGUUGAAGGAUUUUCUGUUGAGCAAGGCACCAAAGUAG